AUGAUACAUAACGGAGGUGACACUGCUGCUCUUGCCUCCUGCAAUGUGGAAGAAACACUGCAAAGUGAUCACAGUAGUGGCGGUGACGAGGAUGAACGCGUGGUCCUUAACGAGAUGCCGAAAAAAAUGGCUGGGGUGUAUGGGCCUGGACAUGUAGAUGCCUCUAUUGCGGGUAGGGAGCCGCAGCCUGAGGUAUUCAGCACUGUGGACUGGGCCUCGGCGGAGAGACUCGGGUUUCCGCCGAGUGCUGAUUUGAACGUACGAGCAGCGGAGGUGGCCGCAAUGCCUCUGAUGCGGUUGUCGGCGCAGCGAUGCGAGAAACACUGGCAGAGUUCCUCGCGAAGCCUGUCGUUGCGCACCACCGCAACCACCAAGGUGGCGGAGUUCAUGCAGCAGGCGGUAUGGCGUCACGGCAUUUCACGGCACUUGCGUGGUGUGCUAUGGCUGACGCUCUCUGGUGUCGCAGCGAAGAUGGAGGAGAAUCAGGGUUUCUGUCGGGCACUACUGAAGCGUCACGGGUACAUUCGUGGUGAGUAUGCAGAGACCAUUGAGAAGGAUCUGCACCGUACGUUUCCCGAGCAUCGAUAUUUUGCGCAGGAUGGAGUGGGACUUCGAAAGGCACGGAACGUUCUGCACGCCCUUUGCUGGCGCAACCCACUGUUGAACUAUUGUCAGUCCUUUAACUACCUUGUCGCCUUUCUUCUGCUCGUGACGGAUGAUGAGGAAAGCACCUUCUGGCUCAUGUGCCACUUACUGGAGAACCUAUUACCCAAUGACUUGUAUUCGGAGACACUCAUAGGGACCAAGGUGGAUCAACUCGUGCUCCAGGAGAUUCUCCAGGAACGUCUUCCGCGUCUUGCACGGCACUUUGCAGUGGUACACUUUGAUGUUGGGGCGCUGAUUUCGGCGUGGGUCAUGGCGCUGUUCAUUAACGUGUUCCCUGUGGAAACAGUGUUGCGUGUAUGGGAUUGCCUCUUUGCUGGUAGGAGCAACACCAAUGAACCCACAUGUGUACCGCUUGAAGUAGUCCUGGCAGUGUUACAGCUGUGUCAAAACUCUCUGCUUCGUUGCGAUGAUGCGGGCGAUGUUAUUACGUGCCUAGACAACGCUGCAAGACGUUUGUUUGACGCGGACAAACUCCUUCAGCUUGUCCGCGGGAUGCAGCUUUCACCGUGGACAGUGCGGGAUAUGCGUCGACGUGCAAGGCCGGCGGUGGUGGAGGAAAACUACAGGCAAGAAAGGCGUCGGCAGGAACUGCUUGAGAGGCGCCAGUUAGAAUAA